GUUAUUGCUGUCCAAAGUGUUGCCAGGCAUCCCCAAAAGAGGAGGUACAUUUAAGCAGAAGCAGGCAAAGAGAGAGAAAAAGUUUCAGUGUAGAGAGCUGUGUGUCCUAACUGUUUGCCUUGUGCUCUUUUCAGCAAGCAGAGUACGAGUUCUUGCCAGAUUUGGAGCUCAUCUGAAAUACAUUAAACACUGGAGUAAGAAGGAUCCUCUGUGAUCUGGCUACGUUGGCGCUUCACUGAGGGUUCCUAUUUGCUGUCAGAGGUACACCCAUACAUGUAGCAGCAGCUCCUCCAAGAGAUUGGCUGUUUUUGUCUCCUCAAGUCAAAAUAUUUUCCAAACUCCGGCGAGCAAGACUGAAGAAAGGAAGAAGCCAAGGCACUUGAAGAAGAAGAAGUCUUUCUCCCUUAUAACUUGGGGCAAACAUUUUCCAAAGGGGAAGAUCUAAACUUCAAACAAAGUAUCACCCCCGUCUCUCUAAGCGUGUGCAGAGGAGUUUUCAAGGACAAGUGAGCGGUGUCCACAUAAAUACAGGAAACACCUGAAGGUUUUCGAAGCUUCAGCUACAGGAAAUACAGAAACAGAAAAAAACUCAGACACUAAUCUUUUGUAAGAAGAUCCCUGUAAUCUUCUUCCUCGAUCAACAUGUCACGCUGGGGGCGAAAAAAUGUGAAAAAGACGCCUGAGGUGAUCCGCACCGUGACAGAAGGGCUCAAAUCGUUGUAUCGUCAGAAGCUUCUGCCUCUGGAGCAGCACUACAGUUUCCACGACUUCCACUCCCAAAGCCUGGAGGAUGCAGACUUUGAUAACAAGCCGAUGGUGCUGGUGGUGGGACAAUACUCCACUGGAAAGACAACAUUCAUCAAGUAUCUACUGGAGCAGGAUAUUCCCGGAAGCAGGGUGGGACCUGAGCCCACCACAGACUGCUUCACUGCCAUCAUGCACGGGGAGGUGGAGGGAGUCAUCCCUGGGAAUGCCCUUAUUGUGGACCCCAACAAACCUUUCCGUAAACUUAACCCCUUUGGAAACACUUUUCUCAACAGGUUUCAGUGUGCCCAGAUGCCAAACCAGGUCCUUGAGAGCAUCAGCAUAAUUGACACCCCGGGGAUCCUGUCAGGUGCCAAGCAGAGAGUGAGCCGAGGCUAUGACUUCCCAGCUGUCCUGCGUUGGUUUGCGGAACGUGUCGACCUCAUCAUUCUUCUAUUUGACGCCCACAAACUGGAGAUAUCAGACGAGUUUUCUGAGGCCAUCGGAGCCCUGAAGGGCAACGAGGACAAGCUGCGCGUGGUGCUCAACAAGGCCGACAUGGUGGACACCCAGCAGCUUAUGAGGGUGUACGGAGCGCUCAUGUGGUCCCUGGGGAAGGUGUUUGGCACCCCGGAAGUUUUGCGCGUCUACAUCGGCUCCUUCUGGUCAGAGCCGCUGAUGGUUACAGACAACCGCAGGCUGUUUGAGCUGGAGGAGGAGGAUCUGUUUGCUGACAUCCAAAACCUUCCUCGAAAUGCAGCUUUACGCAAGCUCAAUGACCUGGUCAAGAGGGCGCGUCUGGUUAGGGUCCAUGCCCAUAUCAUCAGCCAUCUGAAGCAGGAGAUGCCUGUCUUCAGGAAGGACAAUAAAAAGAAGAAUUUGAUCUACCAGCUGCCUGUUAUCUUCUCCAAGAUCCAGCUGCAGCACAACAUUUCUGCUGGAGACUUCCCUGAUUGUGCUAAAAUGCAGGAGCAACUGAUGGUUCAUGAUUUCACCAAGUUCAAAACCCUGAAGCCUAAUCUGAUGGCAGCCCUGGACGAGUUACUGUCCGCUGACAUUGCCAAGCUGAUGCCCCUCCUGCGGCAGGAGGAGCUGGAGGCAGGGGAGCAGAGAGGUGUGCAGGGUGGAGCCUUCCUCGGGACCCAUUGCGGACCGUUCUCCGAGGGCGACCCCUUUGCGGAGGAGAACGGGGAGAGAGGGGAAGAGGAGGAGGAAGACUGGGUGGUGACCAAGGACAAGCCCAAAUAUGAUGAGAUCUUCUACAACCUCGCUCCCAAUGAGGGGAAACUGAGCGGCCCCAAGGCUAAGGACUGGAUGGUGAGCUCCCGCCUGCCAAACUCGGUGCUGGGUCGCAUCUGGAAGCUGUCAGAUGUAGACCAUGAUGGCAUGCUGGAUGAUGAAGAAUUUGCGCUGGCUAGCCACUUGAUUGAGGUCAAGCUGGAGGGCCAUGGUCUCCCCCCUGAGCUUCCAACACGCCUGAUCCCACCAUCCAAACGCAGGCAGAAGGGCUCUGAUGCAUAGACAUAUCACAAAGUCUCUUGAGCUGCGAGAGCUUAGAGAGACUCUUCUUUAUUUCGCUUUUGCUACUGUUUUUCUUUGCUUUUGUUUACGCCCCAACACUCAGUAAAACGUUGUAUGAGCAUUCAACAUUCAACUUUUUACUUUGACGCUGAUUUCGGUCUUGCACAAUGGAACAUAAUGUAUCAAAGCACAGGUUAGUCCUUGGAAACUAUAUGACAAGGGCUUACUGUCAAACAUUGUCUAUUAACAAGUCACACUAGGUCAUGUUGCUUCUCCCCCCUUUGCUCCUCAAACUUUGCCUUUCAUGAUGUGGAUUUAAACGCACAUCUACUCAUGUCUGCUGAGCACUAGUAAAUAAAGGCUGGCGCCCCUCUAGCAGUAUUCAGCAUAAUAUAUCUGCUUAACUAUAGAGCAAAACUUUUCUAUAAUAAAACCUUUUAAUUCAACAUUCCUUAGGAGUCGAGAUGUGAGUGGCACAGUAUUUACGAGGUGAUAUUUUGUGGGGUGUGAUUUUUCCAGGAAAGAUAUCAUCUAUGAAUUUUAUCAACAAAGACUUAUUUUGUUCAACGAUUUGUUAAAAGCUUCUUAUUUUGUAACUCAAACUGGCAGCACACAUCUAAUAUUCCGCACUUCACUUUUAUGCUUUUCCAUGACACAAUUUGUACACACUUUAUAUAUUAUUUUUGUAAUUGUUGCCGUCGUUUUUUUUGUUUUUUUUUAUGUGUAGGAGCCAGACCUCAGUUGCAUUUUUUUUUCAACUAGACUGAAUGAUUGAUAUAUAACUGACUACUGUACACAGCUCCACCAACUGUUCUUAUGUCAACUAAUAUUGCAACCAAUAAAAUCCUUUGACUGUG